UUUGCCUCUGUUCCAGUUUCCAUGCUCUUAUUUUGGUAACCACUUCCUUUGUUGUUCUCUUCCGUUUUCCUUACCCCUGCUCUUUUCACACACCUGCUUCUAAUUUCAUUAUCCCUAUUUAGUUCAGGUGCGUGCUCUUUCUGUUGUGGUUUCAUUUCGAAUUGUCGUUGGUUGGUACUGGCUGUUGUUUUCCUGCUGCUGCCAUUUCUGCAUUAAACCUUUUAUUUGCACUUUUGGUCCUGCUCUCUGCAUCCUGGGGUCGCAACGCAACACCGCCAAGCGCGCCCGUGACAGAAUGAAACCACCAAACGACGACCUCGCGGAGAGCGACUUUUGGACCUGGCAGAUCCUGAAGGCGAUGGAAGAGGAGUGCACUAAGUUCACUCCGGAGGAACUGGAGGACAUGGUGUGGGGGCCGGAUGGCACGCUCGUUCCCAUGGCGUGGGUUCAUCCAGGCCCCGUAGACGACACACCGGCCUGGCCGCGACACCGGCGUACGUCUCGGCCGCCUCCAGCCAGGGCUCCACGGCGUCAAAAGGUGAAACCGCUCUCUUCCGUCUUGUCACACCAAGCCAGGACACAACCCACAGCUCACGCAGUCACUGAGUGCUGGCCCACCUCUUCGGAAUCCCCGUUGCUUCCCAUGCAACACGAAGAGGACCACGGCGCACGUUCCCCUCCUGUGCCAAAGCCGCGCAGCCUCAAGGGUUCCCAAACCCCGGCUCCCGUGCCAAGCUGCGUGACGGCCCAGGUUCCUCCUGUGCCCAAGCCACGCAGCCUCAAGGGUUCCCAAACCCCGGCUCCCGUGCCAAGCUGCGUGAUGGCCCAGAUUCCUCCUGUGCCCAAACCGCGCAGCCCCAAGGGUUCCCAAACCCCGGCUCCCGUGCCAAGCAGCGUGACGGCCCGGAUUCCUCCUGUGCCCAAACCCCGCCUGAGGCCCCUCCUAGACCUGGUCCGGGCAGCAGAGCGGGCUGAACUCAAGACCCUCCUCCAGGUCCCCCUCCUCCCGUCCCUGGUUCCACAUCCAGCAGCAUACGGCGUCUGGAAUCCGCCUUCGGAAGGGGGGGCUAGUAGGACCAGCAGUGCGUCGGAGGACGCACAUCACACCCCGUCCGUGGAGUGUGGGGAUGAUGCCCUCUGCGGGUCGCCCGAGGAGGAACAGCCCAGUGGACCUCCAGCACGACUGUCCAGCGAAGACCGAGGGUCCGUUCCUUGUGUUCCGGCGCCACCUCUUCCACGGCGGGACAGGAGUCUAUCCAUGGCUUCUGCUGGGCCUGCCGUCAUGGGCGUCCCCCAGAGGAGCCCAGUUCCCUGCGGGCUGCUCACCCUUCAGGCCGCCCUCCUGCGUGGCCCUGCCACCCUGGCCGACCUCCGGAGAGGUCUGGCCAGCGACCCACCUCCGGUCCCCCCGCCUCCCAUCCCUCUUGGUCUGUGGACUUUUUGGACGUCUGGGAUCCGUCCUUGA